GGUGUAAAAGAAAGAUUUAGUGAUAUAAAAGAGAGAGAAUAGUUUGGGAGGAGGUAUUGUCUGUGGGAGGAUGUCGAAGAAUAAAAAGUGUAGCUUGGGUCGUCAAAAGAUCCCAAUAGAGAAAAUACCGAAGAAGAGUCAUUUGCAAGUGACGUUCUCUAAACGUCGUUCAGGAGUGUUCAAGAAAGCCAGCGAACUUUGCACCCUCUGUGGUGUAGAGAUCGCCAUCGUCGUUUUCUCUCCUGCAGACAAGGCCUUCUCUUUUGGGCAUCCAGAAGUUGAGUCCCUCAUCGAUCGCUACACCACGCGGAACCCUCCACAAGAUUCCAGUGCGCAGCAUCUCGUUGAGGCUCAUCGAAACGCCAAUGUUCGUGAUCUCAACAUGCAACUCACUCAGCUUUUUAACCUUUUGGAGGUUGAAAAGAAGCGAGGGGAUGAUCUGGACCAUAUGAGGAAAGCUAGGCAGAAACAGUUUUGGUGGGAGAGCCCUGUCGAUGACCUUGGAUUGCAUGAGCUCCUCCAGUUAAAGGCCUCCACUGAGGACCUCAAGAACAACAUAGAAAAACAUGCCAGCAAAUUCAUCGUUGACCGCUCUUCUGCUCUAUCUUCUUCCUCCAUUAUAGCACCUAGUAAUGGAUUUGCUGCAAUCGAACGCUAUGACGCCUUUGAUAACAAACCUGAUGUUGGGAUUCCCAUGGCUUCAUCACCUCCCGAUGCUCAUUAUCUUGCUUUUCGAAAUUGGUAUCUUUGAUCUUCUUCUAUUCUUUUCAAAGGGUUCAUUGUGGUUAAAAUAAUUUGUCCGUUAAUCAAGAAUUGGACAAGGGAAUAAAACUUCACCUUUUGGUUUUGCUGUUUUUAGAAAUAUAUAUAGAUUUCAUUAUUCACGAUAAUGAAAGGAUUCUUCGUUAACCUUAUUCGC